AUGACCAAUUGGUCAGCACAAGGCUAUAUGAAAGCCGUCCAGUGGGAAGGCAAAAUUGGCCAUAUGAGCACGAACAUCGUCCCUAUCCCCAAGAUCACAAAACCUGAAGAUGCAAUUGUCCGCAUCACCUCGUCGGCGAUCUGUGGGACUGAUCCUCACAUCUACCACGGUCUAGUUGGCGCUAAAAAUGUUCCAUGGGGCGUCGGCCAUGAAGCCGUGGGCAUCAUUGAGGGAGUUGGACCUGCAGUCGGCUUUUUUCAGCGCGAGGGACCUGUUGCAUUUGGUCUUGGUUUGGAGAUGGGUUCGGACAAGGGCCUUCAGACUGAAUAUGCCUGCAUUCCAUGGGCUGACUCCUCGCUUGUCAAGAUACCCUCCUCGUUGGAUGACAAAGAGUGGCUUCCCCUUACCGAUGCCUUCCCUACAGGAUGGACUGCUCUCUCUCGUUCAGGGUUUGAAGCUGGGGAUACGGUCUCUGUCUUUGGCGCCGGCGGGAUUGGCCUCAUGUGUGCUUACAGCGCCAUCCUUCGAGGCGCUUCCUUGGUGUAUGUGAUUGACCAUGUACCCUCGCGCCUUGCCAAGGCGGCCUCAAUCGGUGCUAUGCCAAUCAAUUUUACCCGCGGCGGUAAAGCAUCGGAGCAGAUUCUUGCCUUGCGUCCUCAGGGCGUCAAACGCAGUGUGGAUUGUGUUGGUGAAACAUGCAUAAACGAAGAUCUCCAGUUGCAGCAAGAUUACAUCCUGCGUGAAGCCACUGCCAUAACUACACUCAACGGGGGCAUAGGAAUCGCCGGCGCCUACAUGCUUUCUCUCAUUGAUGGCGGCAAGGGAACAGAGGCAUCGAGAAAGCUUGGGAUUAAGCCGGAGAUCAGUUUUCCCAUUGAGCAGGCCUGGUUUAAGAGCCUACGUAUCCAGGGCGGGAUGUUGGAUCUCAAGAAUUCGGUUCCUGCUCUAGUAGAGCUCGUCAAGAACGGAGGUGCACGCCCUGGAUUCAUUUUUUCUAACGAAUAUAGCCUUGAAGACGCCCCUCUUGCUUACCAGCGCUUUGAACAGAGGGAAGAAAGCAAGGUUAUAUUGAAAGGAAAACGGAAGUAA